CGCGGGCCGCCGCAGCCCGCUCGCAGUCGCCCAGAGCAGUAGUCCGAAUCGUCAGCAGCCGUAGCCGCCCCGUAUCCUCCUCCUCGACCGGUAGCGGCCAUGAGCGUUCGCGGCACCUAGGCGGGCACACGGGCAGGCGCACUUACCAUCUCAGGCGUCGAACACCUCGUCGGCGGAGCGCAGCGCAGUGGAGCAGAGCGGAGCAGAUCUCCUCGUUCGAGGCGCACCUUUUCACUCCAUCUCGCUUGAGCCAGCGUCUCGCAGAGGGCCUGCUGCUGUUGCUGCUGCUGCUGUUGCUGCCGACAGCCGAGAUGUAUCCCGACACCGCGCCCCAAUCGCGCCUGGCCGCCGCCCCGACGGUCGCGGAGGUGACGGCGCGGGUGGCGUCGCUGCUGGCGGCGCGGGAGGCGGCCGCCGUCGUGGCCAAGACCACCGACCAGCUCUUCCUCGCCGUCGAGCUGCCCGCGCCCGUCGCCGGCCGGCCCGUCCGCGCCGCCGCCAACGCUGCGGACUCGCCGCCCAGCACCAGCUCCAGCAAUAGCCCUUCACCCAGCACCAGCAGCUGCGGUGGCUCCCAGAACGACCCGAGGCCUGGGCCUUCGUCAGAAGGCCUGUGCGCUCCGGCAAACGCUGGCAGCAAGUGCUGGCUGGCUCGCAACCUCGUGUGCCUGGGCACGGCCUUCAUGGUGCUGUACAUCGGCAUGAAGGGGGCGGUCAACCUGCAGAGCUCUGUUAACGCGGAGGGCGGCCGCGGCAACUCGGGCCUCGCGGCCUAUUACACUGGCUUCCUCUUCUCCAACUUCUUCCUGCCCACCAUUCUCAUCCGGUGGGUGGGCUGCAAGGUGACGGUGAUCGUGGCCAUCCUGGCGUAUAUCCCGUACAUCGCGGCGCAGCUGUUCGCGCGCUUCUACACGCUGGUGCCCGGCGGGCUGCUGGCCGGGCUGGCGGCCGGGCCGCUGUGGGUGUCGCAGGGCACUUACCUCUCGCACAUGGCCAGCGUGUACACGGCGCACUCUGGCUCCGGCAGCAACGACGUCCUCAUGGCGCGCCUCUUCGGCGCCUUCUACAUGCUCUACCAGAUGAGCCAAGUGUGGGGCAACCUCCUCUCCUCGGCCGUUCUUUCCAAGGGCGAAACUGCAAACGUGGUGCUGAACGGUACCAGAGAGAUCUGCGGUGCCCACUUCUGCUCCUCCAGCGCCACCAGCACCGACCACCUGGCGCAGAGCAAGCCCGACCCGCACCACAUCGCAAUCAUCACCUUCACCUACCUCGCUUGCAUCCUCGUGGCCGCCGCCAUCGUCUACUUCGGAGUUGAUCCAAUACCAAAACCGGUCAGAACAAGAAAAAAUAGCACGAGCGGCGCGCCUACAGCAGACAAGACAGACAUGCUGACGAGAAACGUCGUCGAUCAAUGGAAGAGAAGCGGCUGCGAGGAGAAGAACUACGGCGCUUGCGGUGAGCUCCACAGGCCGACGGGGCAGGCCGAGCUCUACAGCAGCAUCUCCAGCACGUCGAGCGAUUCCACCUCUGGCGGCACCAUUGACGUGGAGAGCAUCCUCACUGCGUCCAACCGCGCCAUCGUGCAGAGCGGAGAUCAUGAGGCACCACCUGACGAUUCCAUCAUGGCAGUGUUCAGCGCUACGCUUCGCCUCACGACGCGCGUGGACCUUCUACUGCUGGUGCCCAUUACCACCUUCCUGGGCGCGGAGGACAGCUUCAUAGCCGCAGACUACACAGCGUCGUACGUGUCGUGCGCGUGGGGAAUCCACAACAUCGGCUACGUCAUGAUCUGCUUCGGCGUGAUGAGCUCGACGGCGGCGCUGGUGGGCGGGUCGCUGGUGAAGAUCACCGGGCGGCUGCCGGUGGUGCUGGGGGCCGCCGUGCUGCAAACGGCGGUGAUGACCGCGAUGCGCUUGUGGGAACCGGCCCCCAACGACAUUCUGCUCUUCUUCGUCAUGGCCGGCAUGUGGGGCAUGACGGACGGCAUUUGGCAGGCACAAAUCAAUGCCAUGUACGGAGUUCUUUUCGUUGGCGAAGAAGCGGCAGCCUACAGCAACUUCCGCCUGUGGGAGGGCGUAGGGUACAUUCUUGCCUAUAGCUACAGCUCCUUCCUCUGCACCAGUCAAAAACUCUACAUCCUGAUGGCUCUCUUGGCAGUUGGCAUUACUGGCUACAUAAUGGGUGAAGUGCGUGAAAAGAAUCGCACAAAGCCUCCUGAAAAUUGACACUUGCUACUGGUUUACAAAAGCACUCCUGCGCCGUCCAUCUCGCCCCCCCCCCUGCAACAAAUCAAGAUCCCCCCCACUCUCACUAAUCUGACAUGCAAUUCUAAAGCGCUGCGAUGACGUCAUCUCAUUUUCACUUGCUAAAACAUAGUGCUAGACUUCAAUCUUAUUUUUAGCCCAAAAUCUGUGCUUUUAAGAUAUUUUUCUAUUUUUAUUUAUUUUCUUGAAGAUUUGAGCCUACGACGUCUUGGGUAUUGAUGUACGCAUGUAAUGUGUUCUUGUGAAAAUGAGAUGAAUACAUAAAAAACAGUUCAGUGUUCAAAUGUUCUCCAAAAAUUGCAGAUUUCACUUGUUUAUCAGCAAAUUAUACAUUAAUACAUUAUAUGUAAAUAUUUAACGGAAUUUUAAAUUUACAUGGAUUUUUUUAAAGGUGUAAUUAGAGGUUGCAUGUUUACCUUGCGUUCCUCUAUUUCACAUGAUUAUUGCUUUAUUUUAUAAUAUGAAAUGUUGAGAGUUCAGACUUCAUAAUGAUUCCUCAGUAUGAAAUACCAUGGAGAAGUCUUAGUAACUACCCCUGUAUAAAAGUUAAAAAUGUGCCUUAAACAAUAGUUUUUGGACUCCUUAACUUUAAAUGUAUGAAUAAGUUUGUGUUCUUUCAAACGGUGAAGAAUCUUCAUGAUUUUUUUAGUUGUACAUAGCUCUGCUAAAUAUAAUUGUAAUGGCAAUUAUUUUGGAACUUAUUUGUCACUGAUAUGUAAAAAAAUAGUAAAAUAUUUGUGAUUUCUUGUGA